AUGGGAGUUGCCCUUUCACGUGGCAAGAAACGGCGAGAGCUGCAGGUCCAACUGCGCGGCGCCGAAGCUUCGGAGCGCGAGCGCUGGCUGCGGGAGCAGCGUCUCCUGGCGGACCUCGACGCGCGAACGAGGUGUCCGCACCUUUUGGUGCAAAUCCGGAGUCUAGGGCUUGUGGAGAUUUGCGGCAAAAACCACGGAGGUAUCUUCGAGCGGCUGGGAGACUGGCUGCAAAGGACCUGGGGUCUCGUGGUACACUCCACGGAUAUCCGGCCAGACAUCUACGUGCCGUGCAACCCAUUGCAGUCGCCAAAGCUCCGAUUGCAAGUGCGGCCGAUCGACGAGUGGGGACGGCUGUGUGACAGGAGUUUCGCUGCUGGGCCACAGCAGGCUGAUGGUCAAGUCCUGGGGGCGAACCGAUUUCUGAAGACGCGGGGCAAAGAUGGGGAAAGCAAUAUGGGCAAGUUGACAAUGGCCCUCGUGAGCUUCAUGACAAACACCUGUGGCUGGGGACUGAAGUUCAUCGAUGGCUGCAAUCUGGGCCGAAAUGGGCAGAUCCGGGAGAUGCAGAUGAAGUUCACGGCACCUCAUCCCCUAAACCUGGUGGCCCCACACCUGAUGAUUGACCUCCGCCAGGCAGGGUACAUCGAGAUCUAUGGGCCGGACACCCGGGGCGUCUACGGCUUCCUUCAUCAGUGGCUGGAGAAGAACUGGAAUGCAACCGUCCUACCGGCGGACUUUCAGUUCUGUGAUCGCAAAUAUCGCUGCCGGGCAUUCCAAAAGAGAGGCUCUGAAGGAGAGAACAACAUGGGCCUUUGUGCCAUGCACCUCGUGGACUUUCUCAGCAAGGGUUGCCACUGGAAGAUGAUUGCUUGCAAUGCGAGCAACUUCGGUCGCCUGGGCGACCAGCGAGAACAGCAGAUCGUUCUCCGCUAUGACGACUUUGCGCACCAGGACUGCGACCACCUGCUGGUGGAGCUUCGCGAUGUCGGGUACGUCGAGGUCAGCGGAAUUCAGAACGCACCUUCGGCUGCGGCUGCGAUGCAUGAGUUCUUCAGCCACCAGUGGCGCUGCUCUGAGUACCGGAACAGCAUCUUCGAGGUUUUCAAUGCCAAGUACUGCGAUCGCAAGUACAGGACACCGCCGAACUUUUACUUCCGGGAUGGCCUUCGAAACAACCUGGGGCGGCGCACGCUCGAACUGGCCACCUUCAUGAGUAGCCGGGGCUGGGAGCUAGCAGCCUGCAACGGCGGCAGUCUCACACUUCCCAAUCAGAAGAAGCACGCCAACGGCCUCGUCCGAGAGCAUCAGAUCAAGUUCGUGGGCGCCAAGCGCGAAGGCUUGUCCAGCUGCCCUCUUCUGAUGGUGGAGUUUCGCUCCGUUCCGGCACGCGAUGUCAUGGGACGAGCAUCCCACGAGUCCUUCAUCGAGAUAACUGGUGCAAAUGUCAACGAUGUUCAUGGCAAGUUGGCCGGCUUCGUGCAGAGCCAUAUGCAAAGCCGGCUGAUUGCAACGGCGACUCCGACGUGUGAUUUGGGCUUCGUCUGCGACGCCUUCCACAUGAAGGAGGCAGCGCUGGACUGCAAGGAAGGGCGCUUCCUGGGCGAGACGAACUUCGGUAAGUACGCCAUGCGCCUCUGCGACUACAUGGUGGACUACCUUGGA